CGCGGCCGAUUUGAAAAGUUCGGCGGUUCGGCGGGGCGGCCGAUCGGGCGGGGGAGGGGUGCGAGACUCGCCGCCCCCGUCCAGGCGAGGUCGCGGCGGAGGCCGGAGGCUGCGGGAGGAGGGCCCCAACAUGGAAACCCUGUCUUUUCCCAGGCUGAGUCCAGCUGAGAUUGUGACUCAUGUCCAGAAUUCAAUCCUGACAGGGGCUGAUGGCAAAACCCUUUCCAAGAAUGAUAUUUUUCCAAAUCCAAAGCCUGAAGUCCUGCGCAAGAUUUUCUUGAGAACCCUACAAAUUGUAUAUGGAAUUCCGCUGGAUGCUUUUUACAUGAUGCCAGUGAACGUUGACGUCAUGUACCCACAGAUAAUGGAAGGCUUCUUACCACUGUGUAACUUGUUUAUUUAUAUGGAGUCUUUUCUUCGCAUCUGCCGGGUGAAUGAUUUUGAAUUUGCUGAUAUUCUGUAUCCAAAAGGAAAACGUACCUGUCGGUUUUUAAGUGCCAUUAUCAACUUCAUUCACUUCCGAGAAUCGCGUCGAGAAAUAUACAUGAAAUAUUUAUGGGAAUACAAAUCCUCUAUGGACAAGAUGCAGCAGCUCCAUGCAGCACAACAGGAAGCACUGAUGAAGCUGGAGAAACUUGACUCCGUCCCAGCCGAAGAGCAAGUUGAGUUCAAGCAACUCUUGGAUGACGUCCAGGAGCUGCAACAAGCCCUGAAUGGGUUUCGUCAGAAAGCAGCAACAAUUCAAGAAGGAAUUUCCCAGAAGAAGUUAGACCUUGCUGAGACCACUAAAAGACUGAAUGAAUUAAAAUUGUCAUUGGUUACUCUGAAAGAAGAACAGGAAAGUUUGAAAACAAAAAUUGUGGACUCUCCAGAAAAGUUAAAGAACGAUAAAGAGAAAAUGAAAGAGACAGUGCAGAAACUCAAAACUUCAAAGCUUGAAGUGACUGAGAAAUAUGAAGCCUAUCGAGAUGCGAUUGAGGGUAUGCCUUCGUUCCAAAUGGAGCUACAAUUAUAUCAAAAGAAGAUGCAAGAACUCGCAGAAAGUGUGGACAAAAUCACAAGGAUCUUGAAGGAGAACCAGUCCCUGGAGGACCAGAUUGAAAGUGCUCAGACAGAAUUAAAGAAACUGAAGACUGAGGAAACUUCAUUGAAAAGACUAGUCAUUGUUGAGAAAGAGAAGCUUGCUACAACCCAGCUGAAGAUAAAUAAGAAGCAUGAAGAUGUCAAACAAUAUAAACGCUUAGUACUUGAGGAAUGCAAUAAACUUCAAGAGAAGAGAGGAGCCAUAUGUGAACAGGUGACAGCAAUUAAUUCUGAUGUCCAGAAAAUCAGACGUGAAAUGCAACAGCUCAAAGAUGUCACUGAAAAUGAGAAACUAAAAUUUCAGGAAAUCUUCCUCACCUUGAAAAGUGCUGUAGAGAAAUACCAUGAAGCCAUGGAGAAGGCAGCAGAAGAGGGCAAAGCUAGAAUUAGUGAGAAAGCUGCCGAGCUAACGAGACCAUUCAUUAUUUAGCCUGCAUGGAAUUGCUUCAUUUUAUUUGUUCAGAGCUUAUACACGUGUGUGAAAUCUCAUAGUUUUGAGAAACAGAACAAACAAGUUAGGAUAAGGAGACUUGGGGCUUUCUGGAUAGAAAUUAAAAUAUGCUUUCAUACAUAAUGACGUUCUGAAAUUAAAAUAUGCUUAAAACUUCUUUUAAAGAAAAAGCUUGUUAAUAAAGUAAUUUUCC